AUGUCACCCAGCAAGUACAUAUUGACCCCUCCAGAAGACCUUCAUCCAUAUAUUGCCAGGGAUUCUGAUACUAAUGAGGAUGAAAUCGAUUAUGGAAUGGAAAGACGUCAUUUUGUACCUGAAACUAACGAAUCAGAACAAUUCGACCCUGUGUAUCCAGAUUUUGAUCGCUGGAAGCAUAGGGCUGAAGAGGAUCAAAUAUUCAUGAAUUUUGUUUCAAAGGGUUACUACACAACAUCGAAGGUAAACUUCGAGAGUAUAUCUGCCAGAUCAUCCUUACAUGAAUCCCUACCAAAAAUAUCAGAUCAACUGGGAGUCCAGUUUUCUAAAAUAUUGCAAAUUAGAGAAGGUGAGAUUAAUAGGAUUCCGGCCACCGUACCUACACCGAACGAUUCAUCAAACGAACAAACUUUCACGACAAACAAGAUAUAUGACCUGGCUGGUCCAGGGUUUGCACUUCCAACAAGAGUCACCUUAACUGAUAACAGGAAAGAAUCUUGGUUAUAUGACUUAAGCAAGCCAUACGUAUCUUUACACAACGUAUCCAAAUAUAUUCCUCACGGUUUAAAAAGGAAAAGAGUCAUUGAACAAUGUUAUAAAAAACAAAUACCUUUGAAGAGGGCCAUGUGGUUGAUAAAAUGUUGUUUUCUAAUUGAAAUUCAACAGUCAAAGUCCAAGCAUUCUAGUGGAGCUAUGAGAUCACAUACGCCUCCUGCAAUAAGAUCACCAUCAAAUAUUAAUAUCAAUAUCGAAACUCCCAUGACACAUAUAUUGAAAGAAUGGACAGAAAGCUUUAUUAAUUUAUUAGAAAAAUUAAUCUUUGAGAUGAGCCAGUACUAUAAUGAUGCAGACAAAUUAAAAAUGUGGAAAGUUGAAAUUUCGUAUUUCUUGAAGCUAUUAGGGAAUUGUUACUCGGUGAUUUUAUUAGAUAGGAAUAUAUUUCACCGUUGGCUCAUUGAGUUUGUUUCUAAAGUGGAAAACUUUGAAUUCUUACCGAUAACAUUACAUAUAUUGAUGACAUUCUGGGAUAAUAUAACCAAGACUAAUGAACACCCAAAUCAAUUGAAAUGUAGUAACUCCUCAAAUUUUUUGUUAUCAAAAAUUACUGAUUUACUGUUACAUAAAUAUUACGUUGUUUCCAAUGCAAAAUCUAUGAUUAAUGAUGAAAGAUACAUCAUUAAUGAUAUUAAGAAAAAUAACAAAUUGAAAGAUUCCAUUUUAGUUAUUUUGACUACUAUGAUUAUCAAACUAUUUAAAGAACAAUCCCUCGAAGUGUUUUUAUUUCCACCAUCCAGCUGGGAACUCUACAAGCCAUGUCUUUAUGAAAUUAUCAACAAGACACAAUUAAUUGAAAACGCCGAUGAAAUUCGGAAAAUUCUUGAGUUGAUCAGUUAUAGAAAUGAAACUUUAAAGAAUACAACUUUAAUAACUGAAGAAAAAAUAAAUUCAAACGAUGAAAAUGCUUCUGACCAUAAGGAGUAUUAUUUCAAAUGCUCACAAGUCCAACCGGAUAUUAAAGUAAUUAAGAUUUCACAUAUUGAUACCAAGUUUACAACUUUAUUGGAUGAUAACUCUACUGAAUUUGAUUGGACACAGUACAUUGAGCACGAUCCGCUAAAUAAAUCACAGAUCAUUCAGUUAUUACUUUGGUCUAUUCACCCCUCACGUUUAUCUCAUUAUGAGUCUAACCAAUUAGUUGCAAAAUUACUUUUACUUCAAAUAAAUUCAUUCGAAGGGUUCCCUGAGUACGAAAUCGAGGAUACUCUAUGGUCAUUGAUUUUCCAAAUAGCUAAAUUAGAUUCUCAAAACCUAGGAAAUAUGAUUCAUUUGGAAUCACUAUAUUUACUUCUGAAUAUUUUAAUCACUUAUGGCAUUAUCAAAGUUUCCACAUACGUCAGAAAAUUAAUUAGUUCUGGUAUCAUGUAUUUACAGGAUUCUAAUGAUAAAUUCUUCCAUGUUGUUUUGUUAAUAAAUCUGAAGAUAUCUCCGCUAAUGAAAACUCAGUACAAUAUGGUUUUAAGAAAUGUAAUGGAAUUUGACCCUUAUUAUUUUGAGAACUAUAGUUUUGAUAAAUUAGCCAUUAAAAUUGAUGACAUUAAGGAAAAAAUAUUAGGAACUUCAUUUGAUGAUGGUCAAGCAAUUAAUAUGAUCAACUUUGACGAGAUAAAUUUGCCACUUGGAGGUAAAAUUAUGCUAGCCGAAUGGUAUUUAAACCAUAUUUGUUCUAGUGUUGCAUUACGACCUAUCAAUAGGGAAACUUUAUUUAAUAAUUUUAAAUUCUUCUGUUUGAAUCUCAAAGUUUCGCAUCAUUUCUAUAAAUGGUGCGAGUUCAUUGUUUACCAUCAAUUAUUGAACGAUAUAGAAACCAUGGCAUUACUAAUUGAUAUACUAGUUAGUUUCCAAAAAUUGUUUUCUCAAUAUAUUAACGAUCAUGCCCUUUUUAUGAAAACAUUCUUGUUUAUAUAUACAAAAAUUUUAAGGGAAACAGACAGUGUCAAUUUCCAAAUUGUCUCGUUCAUGCCAUUUUGGAAAUUCUUUAUGAAAACUUUCCCUAUGGCGCUCACUAUUGAUACAGAUUUAAGGAAUGAUCUAUCUGCCAUGUAUGAAGAAGACAAAACAAAACGUUUAGCACUAGAGCAGAGUAAAGAACUAGUACAACAAUUGUUCGAUGUACUUUCCCAGAAUAAAUCAUCCAUGAAGAAUUUGAAUUUUGCAGAAUUGUUUCAAAGUAAUAUCAAAUGUUUACUGUCUUACAAAGUACAACGUUCGUUAGAAGAUUUUAAGAGAGCCAAAUCUGUUUUAACUUUAUUGAAGUCAUCUUCCUUGCAUGAUUACAACAAGUUUAUGUCUAUUUUCCUAAAGAGGAAAAAUUACGGAGACACAGAUCUAAUCUGCUUGAUAUCAAAUAAACUGUUGUCACUUGAACAGAUAAAGACAACACUUGGUGGUGCUUGGAUAAUGAAGUUUUUGGUAUACUUGGAAGAAAAAGCAGGUGAAUUAUUUUCUGAAGAACACACCCAUUUUAUCAAUACAAUUUAUUAUGAACACUAUAUGAUUGAGUACGUGAGGACCAAUUUCAAAACCGUUUUAACACUUUGCGAUUUGAAGGAUGAUAGCCAAUACAAAUUAUUCACCAGGAUGCUUACCAAAUAUGGGCCAUCGUCUAAAUUUGCAGAAGUUUCCGCAGAAGUGAUCAUUCAUUUGUUAAAUGACCACCCAGAAGAUGGUCAUCGUAUUUUAGGCGAUCUACUUCAAUACAAAGGAACCAUAAAGGAGAGUUCACCAGUGAACGAUUCUAACGAAUUAAAUAUUACAGAAAGUGAGGAUGACAUAUCAAUGACUUCAGAAACGGAUUAUGAGGUUUUCGGUCUUUUAGAUUUUACCAAUUUAUGGAUUUUUCAAGCUUAUACACUUCAUAAUAUAGACCAAAUUAAAAUGCAGGACAAUCACAGCGACGUAUUAGGGAAAUUUAUAUUCGAUAUUAUUGAACUUACACAGUACGACGCGCUGUGCUCUAGAAUAUUUGAUAGGGUCAGCGAUAUUAAAAUUACAGCAGAUAUAAUCCAAAUAUUUGAAAAGAGUCUAUUUGAUCAUAUCCUGGCAAAUGUUGAAAUUUCUAGAAAUUAUUUGGUGAUAGUUAUUGAGUCUAUCAUUGCGUUAUCGAAAAAAAUUACGGAAGUAACUUCUACCACUUUGACAAUGUCUGAUGGAUCGAUACAACUACUACUGUCCAUCAUCUCUUUUUUCAAUAAUUUGGAUAAUGUUGCGCUUAGAGAAAAGGAAUCAGUAAUGGAUGUUGUCAUGAAGAUAUUCACAAUACACCAGGCCUACAUUUUAAAAUAUAUUGUAGAACGUCUAAAGGGUAAAUUGACUGCUAAUGGAAUGAAAACUCUUAUCAAUGACAUGUUGUGUCUAUUUCAAAAAUUAUCCUUUAGUCUGCGGUUGAAACUUAUUCUAUACGAGAUUUUAUCAUCAUUGAAAUCUUAUAGCAUAUAUAUGGCCACAUCGGAUGGAGAACAGGAUUCUGCAGAGAAUUUUGAUGUUUCUACUCCAUUAGCGUCACGAAACAGCAGUACUAAUCUAUAUUUUUCCUGUAAGUCUCAAACAUUUGAUAUUCCAAAGGAAUUGUUGAAGCUACCACCGUUGCAAGUUUCAUCAUUCACAAGUAUGCCAACUGAGUCCAAGACUAAUGUCACUACAUCUUUAGGGGUAACGCCUAUGAAUAAAGAACGUGAAUCUAGCAAAGGUGAAGUAUAUAACGAAGAAGAAAAAGAACGGUGGUUCAUCUAUGACAAGAAAACUCGCGCGUACAUAACUAAGCUCAAGACACAGGCUUAUUACAACAUCAACAGCUACCAAACAGAUCAAGACCCAAUAAAAUCCAUUAAUAACGCAUGCUACAACCUCUCCUUGUUUGAUGCAAGCUUUGAAAACAAAAAUCCUGCUUAA